AUGGCCAUCGACUGGAGAUUAACCCACUUGCAGGAUCUCUCUACAAACACUCAGAAGAGUAGUCGAAAUCAAACCCCUCAACCCGACAAGCUGAGUGGCGAAGCUCAAGCAGACAAAUCUACAGAUACUCAGAGGAGUAAUCAAAACCGAAACUCCCAAUCCGACAAACUGAGCAGCGAAGCUCAAACAUCUCAAACUACUCUGCACUCGUUCUUGCUGAAGAAUCCGCAAGAUCGACGCAAGUCGUUGGCAUCCCAAGCCGACUUGACUGAUUCAAAUAAAUCUGAUUCUAAUACCUCCACUCACGAUUCUUCUCUCUCCGGCAAACGCAAGACGCGAAGGUCUAUGCCAGCCAAAAAGAACGGAACUGUCAACCAGGAUUCCAAGCCCCAGCGUACUGCUGCUUCUUCUCGUGCCUCUACCCCGCAGUCCACCAGGCCCGACCCCAUGCCUGGCACUCCUCUUGCUGGCUCCGAGUCCACUCCGACCGCCAGUUCGGUCGCGAAGUUGGGCAAAGACAAGCCCGUCACGCCCGGCCCGUCACGUGGCUUCACCCCCAUCAAUUCCACUCGCCGCACUCGUAAGUCCGUCGCCGAUCAGGCCAGCCAAAUGCAUGAUCCAUCCACUGCCGUUGGAGAUGCCAUGGAAAUUGAUUCCAACUCCUCUGCCAUUGGAAGUUCCGUCAGGAACAGCUCUCGUGCCAGCCGGCGCCCAAUGAGCAACACCAUCACUCUGAACGUGGGUCGCAAGGCGCUGGAGUCGGUUCUGCCGGCCGCGCUGGACACCACUGGAUCCUCUUACGACCAUGAGAUCGCUGAAAGCGUGGAGGCUACUCCUCUCCAUGUCUACGAAGAGGACUUUGGCGAUGACUACCAUUUUGAUUACACCUCUGAGAUGUACGGUCAUAACUUUGGUCUUGAUGGUCAAGUCGACGGUCCCACCUCUCCAACCAGCUUUGCAACAAGCACUUCUGCCGGUGCGCGCACUUCAGGACGCGCUAGAAAGCCUACCAUGCGGGCCAUGGAAUCAAUGGAAUCUGAGCGUCGCUUCCAGCGCAAGAGAACCAGGACUCCCGCGGCCAAGGAGGAGCCCGCCAGCACCGGCAACGGUAUUGACGUGGCUGAUGCCAACGCCAAACCAACCGAUGCCAAUAGUGAUCAGGCCGACACCCAUCAGAGCAAGAAGAGAAAGAAGAAGCAUCCCACAGACGAUGAAUCUGGCCCUGCUGUCGUCCCAGCUCAUCCCACCCCCGCUCCUUCUGCCAGAGCCCAAUCUGUUGCAUCCCCUUCUGCUCCAACCCUUCCUCCUUCGGUUCGCUCGCAAUCAACCCCGGCCCCAACUCAAUCCGCUUUUGCUCGCCCGGCUUCAACUGCCUCGCCGAUUCACCCCGCCUUGAUCCCCCCUGUCCCCGCAGCCCUUGCCCAUGCAACUUACAACCCUGCGCCCUAUGCUCCCGUCUCACUGACUGGCUUGUCGACCGAACGAGCGGAUGUCUUCAUGAGGCUCAUCAGCGUGACCGACCAUGUCCUGAUUGCAAACGCUGACGCUGAAGAAGCCGACGACGACAAGUUCCUCGCGGGGUUGCGUCGUGCGUUUGAACAAGCGCACGAUAUCAACCCCUCACCAGAGACACCGGGCAACAAUGCCCCGGAGCAAAAGUCUGGCGAGACUUUGCCCUGCGAGGACAAGGCCGAGGCUGAAAAUCUCGCAAAGAAAGCAGCCCUCAAGGCCAAGCUGGCCCGAGCCAGGGCCGGCAAGGCCAAAUCUCGCAAGGCAAAGGCUCGCAAGUCCAAGUUGGCCAAGGCAUCCUCCACCAAGCCCAAAGAGGAUGCCUUGGCCGACGGCGCAAGGGCCAAAGGGGGGGAAGACAAAAAAGGGGGGAAAAGUAGGCAUCCCCAAUCCCAGUCCUCCGGACUAAGGACUGACAAAGAUGGUUGGGUUUACACAGGAGAUACCAAUGAGUUCGGCGAGGAGGUGGUGGUAGUCUCCACAGGCUACCACUGGUACCGCCCCAACAACACCUACGGGGACGGGGGGCUCCCCCAGCCCCCCGUCCGCUUGAAGUCGGACGAGCAAGCGCAGAGAGAUCGGAUCUUCGGGUUCCCUCCCCGCAUGGGGGAACGGAAUCUCCCCCGUGCCUUCAGCGCGCCCUUCUCUGUCGAGAACAUCGACGAAGAAAAAGCCAAGAUUCGGGCGCGCGAAGAGGCCCGGCUGCGGCACAUCCCGGUGGACCGCCAUAUGUCCACCUCGGAAAUCCGGGGACUCAUUCAGGAGCACGACUCGGCAGGCGCCCCGAACCCACCCACCAACGAAAAAGCCACUAGAUCCUCUCGCAAGAGGAGGCACGUUGAAGGGUUCGGGGUGCCGGCCGAGUCACCCCAGCGCCGCAGUCGGGUCCGGGGAGGGAACUCGGAGGUCGAGGUUGGGCCUGGCCGGCCUGAGCCAGCAGCCCCCAGUGCGCCGGCCAGGCCCAACCUCAUUUUAAAGAUGCCUCGCCCGGCUGCCCACGACGCCAAAGACACCAAAAAGCGUCCUUCCGAGGAGGCUAGUGGGCAGCCGGGCAAGGCCAAAAGGCAGAAGGCCCAUCAAGAGGCCUCCGGCGGCGAAGGGCAGGGUCAGCCCACCGAGCCCACGCGGCUGACCCUGUCCUUCAAGAAGAAACAGCCAACGCUAAAGCUUCGACAGCCUGCCACCCCCAAACAGAGCAACACCAGCGAGGGGGUGGCAGAGGACGCCGCCACUCCGGAGAACCCUCCGCCGGCCUCUCCUGGGCAAGGAUCCUCAUCUCGGCCUCGGCGCCGCGCUGCGGCAGCCUUGAUGGCUGAAUUUGAAAACCAUGCCCAGGAGAGGGCCCGGCGUGCGAAUGCACGCAAAAAGAGGGUGGAGGGGUCUCCGGAGGAGGCCCAGUGA